AUGAAGCCUUUUCAACAGGCCAGGACAAUAAACCAGUAUAGAAGAAGAUUGGGCAUGUGCUUAGCCAAUGCUAACUGUAAUGGUAAAAUCUGGUAUUUUGUGGCUGGUAAUAUAGAUGUAGAAAUUCUGAUGGACUCCCCUCAACAAAUUACUUUGAAGCUGUUUUUACAAGAUCUGAAUCAGUAUCUUAUUACUACUUUAGUAUAUGCUAAAUGUAGUGCUUCUAAAAGAAUAGAGUUAUGGGAGGAUAUCUACCAUCUCUCCAAUACUUUAUCUUGUUCCUGGUUAGUAGGAGGAGAUUUCAAUAUGGUUUUGAAUGAUGAAGAGAAGUUAGGGGGCAAUCCUGUUCAACCUCAGGAUAUAGAAGACUUUGCUUUUUGCAUAAACUCCUGUGAGCUUGAAGAGGUAAAUUUUAAAGGUAGUCCCUUCACCUGGUGGAAUGGUAGAGCAGAUGCAGCAUGUACUUUUGAGAGAUUGGAUAGGAUGUUGGUGAAUUCAUUGCUUCUGGACAACUUUGGACACAUAGAAUUGGAACAUCUAGUAAGAACUGGUUCAGAUCAUGCUCCACUUAUGUGUACCUAUGGGGAUAAGCAUCAAAAGCUGGUCAAACCUUUUAAAUUUCUAUCUUUCUGGAUUGAACAUGCAUCUUUCCUAGAUAUAGUCAGGCAGAAUUGGUCCAUUUGGGAGCAUGAUGAUCAUUUCAUAAACUUCAAAAGCAAGAUGAAAAAGCUAAAAGGAGUGUUAUCCAAAUGGAGUAGGGAAGUGUUUGGAGAUAUAUUCAAGCAGUUGAUCAUAAGGGAGGAAAUAGUGAGGUUAAAGGAACAAUUGUUUGAACAAAACCCAAGUCAAGUAAAUAGAGUGGUUUUGCAGAAAGCUUUGGAUGAGACUAAGAGAUAUUUGCAUAAUGAAGAGGAGUACUGGAGACAAAAACCAGGUCUGGAUUGGUUUGUUGAUGGAGACAAAAAUACUAGAUUUUUCCAUAAUUUAAUAAAGGGAAGAAGGAAGAAAUUGCAGAUCAAAAGAAUUCAAAACUCAGAUGGUUCAUGGAUUGAGGAUGAAGAUCAAAUGGCAGAUGAGGCUGUGCAUUUUUACUCUCAGAAAUUUUCACAAGAAGAGUUAAUUGCAGAUGAAAAUUUGUUGUCACUCAAUCCUAUUUUGAUUGACCAAAAUAGAAAUGAUCUUCUUUGUCAAAUGCCUAGUGUUGAUGAAGUCAAAAAAGUUGUGUUCAACCUUAGUGGAGCAAGUGCUAGUAGACCUGAUGGAUUUCCUGGAGUGUUCUACCAGACAUGCCAAAGGUUUUUUCACUCAACUAGGGGUGUUAAACAAGGUGAUCCUCUUUCACCUUCAUUGUUUAUUUUAUCAGCAGAGGUGCUAUCAAGAGCUCUAAAUGCAGAAUUUGACAAUGCUAAAAUCAUGAAGAUACUGCAGGAAUAUGAGGCAAUCUCUGGUCAACUGAUCAAUAAAGGCAAGAGUGUCUUUUAUAUGCAUGACAAGAUUGCUGGUGCACUAUCUCAGCAGGUGGAGCAGAUUACAGGCUUUAAAAGGGAUCAAUUUCCAUUAACAUACUUGGGAUGUCCUAUAUUUCAUUCAAGGAGGAAAAAGGGAUACUACAAUGAUCUUAUCAAGAAGGUGAAAAACAAGCUGCAAAAUUGGAUAGGAAAGCUGCUCUCUUUUGGUGGAAAGGCAGUUCUUAUCAAUAGUGUGCUUCAGAGUAUUCCAAUAUACAUGCUGUCAGUUGUUUUUCCCACAAAAUAUACCAUUAAUGAGCUUCAUAAAAUCUUUGCAAGGUUUUACUGGAGUACCAAGGAAGAAGGUAAAAGCAGACACUGGUCCUCUUAG